AUGAAGUGGGCACAUUUCGCGUUGCGUCCGUGCCUGCACCUCGUUCAGAAGGGAAGUACGGAGAAGAGGCACUUCCUAUACACCCAGCAAAAACUAAUAUGUAACCAGCAAACCCCUCUACACAUUUACAACGCAACGAAGUACUCGAAGAAGUCGAUGAAUCACCGUCUGUUUUACAUAAAUUGGCUUUUCCUCUUUUUAUUCUUGGACUUUUGUAACGGUCAUUUGGACAUAUGA